CACACACACACACCGUUACUUGAGCUGAAGCUUAGUAAGCAUGAGAAAGAAAACAACUAUUGAAUGUGCUUCUACUUUACCACCAUUGUAAGGAUUGGUAAAAGCAUCGUCAGAAAUACAUACAUGAACAAGCAAGGAUGAGUGACCCAGGCUUUGAUUUACUUUCUGCUGCUAUGAAUGAAAGUGGUUUAUCAUUGGAUAUCAAUGAUAUUCUAAAUCCACCUGAAGAUGAUGCCACCAAUCAGCAGGAAGUCGAUCCAGGGGGACUUAUUUCUCAAGCACUGGCCCAGAGUGGUGUCAGCGGAACUGAGCCAGAUCCGUUACUUGUAGCACUUCAGCCAACACAACAGGUACAGCAACGUCCUGCUAUUGUUAUCCAUCCCCAGACAUCAAAUCAAACAAUCGUCCUUCCAAAUUCUCUGCAUAAGAUUCCCACAACUAUGAUAAAAUCAGCUGGCGGACUAUCACUUCAGAACAAUCGAAUCCUUAAAACUUACAAGUUAGUCUCAAAAGGACCAGGUCAAGUUGCUAUUGAACAGUUAAAUAUUGCACCUUCAAAAAUUGCAACUUCAAAUGGAAAAUCUGAACCACAUAUGAUAAAAAUUCCAACAUCUUCAAAAUCAGAGCCUGUGAUUUUGAAGUCGGAGCCGACUAUAAUACUUACAAGACCAUCGACUUCUGCAGUAGCGAAGACAUCACCAGUUUCAUCUUCACUGUCAACCGGGCUAGCAUCAAAAGCUUUAACAACUCUUGCACAAGGAACAUCACAAACACCACAGAAAGAUUUCAGAGCUAAAACUGUUAACAAGCCAAGGUCAAAUGAAAAUGUUAGAAAUUCAAUUACUCUUCCGACGGUAAUUAAUGCGCUUAAGGCCCAGAAGGAUGAUGAACCGGACGAGGAAGAUGAUGAUGAAGGCCUAGGCUAUGCGGCUACAUAUGCUGAUUAUAUGCCUAGUAAAUUAAAAAUAGGCAUUAAACAUCCAGAUCCGGUAGUAGAGACUAGCUCCCUCGCGAGUGUCCAGCCUCCAGAUGUUUGGUAUAGGCUUGCAAUUCCAGAGAGCUCUAUUGACUAUGGACACUUAUCUGCUUUGCAGCUGGAGGCUAUCACAUAUGCCUGUCAGCAACAUGAAACAUUCCUUGCCAGUGGAGAGAGGGCGGGCUUCCUUAUAGGGGUGUUGGUGCCAUGGAAAUUGUUGCUAUGGAUAUGAAGUUGCGUGGCAUGUAUAUUGCUCGUCAACUGAGUUUUCAUGGCGUUACAUUCAGCGUCAAAGAAGUUUCAUUAGCUAAGAGAUUUAUUGAAGUUUACAACAAGUCUGCAGAAUUGUGGAUGAAAAGUAGGGAAUAUUUCCAAAAAGCAGCGGACCUAAUUGGUGCUGAGCACCGAAUGCGCAAGUCCAUGUGGGGUCAGUUUUGGUCAGCUCAUCAGAGGUUUUUCAAGUAUAUGUGCAUUGCUUCUAAGGUUCCACACGCAGUCAGGAUUGCCAGGGAAUCGGUCAAAAAUGGAAAGUGUGUUGUAAUAGGCCUUCAGUCAACAGGUGAAGCAAGGACAUUAGAUGCACUGGAAGAAGCUGGUGGGGAACUCAAUGACUUUGUAUCUACAGCUAAAGGCGUAUUUAGUACAUUAGUUGAAAAACAUUUUCCAGCACCAAAUAGAAGGAAAACGUUAGGUGGCUUAUUUGGCUGGGAUUUCAACGAUAGUCGGAGCAACACACCAGAUAGUUACACGGAAGAAACAAAUAGUCGCAAGCGAAAACGUGCCACAAAACAAAAAUCAAAUAAACGAGGAAAGAGGUUUUUUGAUGAUGAUAGUGACAUUGAUAGUAACUUUGAUCCAAGUGAUGAUGAUAACAAUGCUAAGUUAAGUGAUUCUGAUUCUGAUUUGGGCAACUCAAACUCGGAGCCAUCAUCAAAUGAUGAGGACGACUUCAAUCCAUUCCAAAAUUGUUCUUUUUCGGAUGAUGAUCCUUGGUUAAACCGCAGUGAACGAAAGAAAAAGAACAAGAACUCAAAUAAAGAAAAAAAAGAUGUAAGUAAUGUUCUUGUUGCUGCUGGAUUAAUUCAGAAGAAAACACCAACAGUAUCCUCAACAACACCGAUGACAGCUAAAAAACUGGCUACUUCUACAGCCUGUACUCCUGUAGUGUCUACUAUGUCGUCAUCAUCUUUCUUGCCUGGGAUGGAUGCAAUAGAGAAAGCUCAACUUAUGAAACAAGAAUUACUAGAUGAACUGGAGGAGAUGUCAGCAGAAUUGCCACCUAACACACUUGAUGAGCUUAUUGAUAGCCUUGGUGGUCCAGACAAUGUUGCAGAGAUGACUGGACGAAAGGGUCGUGUGGUCAGCAAAGAAGAUGGUAAUGUCCAGUAUGAAGCAAGGAGUGAAGUGGACAUACCAUUGGAAAUUCUAAACUUGACGGAGAAGAAAAGAUUUAUGGAUGGAAAAAAGUUUGUUGCUGUGAUAUCUGAAGCAGCUAGCUCGGGUAUCUCGCUACAAGCCGACAGGAGAGUGAAGAACCAGCGACGUAGAGUACACAUCACACUGGAACUUCCAUGGAGUGCAGACAGGGCCAUUCAGCAAUUUGGUCGAACACAUCGGUCAAAUCAGGUCACUGCACCAGAGUACUUAUUCCUGAUCUCAGAACUUGCUGGGGAGCGUCGCUUUGCAUCCAUUGUUGCUAAGAGACUUGAAAGUCUAGGUGCUUUAACCCACGGUGAUAGAAGGGCUGUUGAGACUAGAGAUUUGAGUCAAUUUAACAUUGAUAACAAAUAUGGAAGAGCAGCUCUGGAGAGUAUCAUGAAAAGCAUUGUGGGAUUGGAGAGGCCCAUGGUAACUCCUCCAGGUGGUAUCCACAGCUCAUUCUUUAAAGAUGCUCAGCAAGCUCUUGUUGGAGUUGGAAUACUGUCUGUUGAUGAACAAUUAGUGAACGCUACUCCUGUACUUGACAAAGAUUACAACAGUAUUUCAAAAUUCUUGAAUCGAAUCCUAGGCAUCCAGGUGGAUCUACAAAACAAGUUGUUCCAGUAUUUCAUGGAUACUCUCAAUCAUAUCAUUAAUAAUGCAAAGAAAGAUGGCGUUUGGGACAUGGGCAUUCUUGGUUAGAUUGUUUCUGAGCUUUUUGUUCU